AUGGAAGGUCACUGUAUGCCAGAGGAAAGAGAUCUCGUCCCUGCCCCGUGGGCAAUCCAUCAACACUCAUUCCCCUCUGGAACAAAGACAGAUUCAAAAUCUCUAGCUUACUACACCCUUCUCUCUAGAGCCUUUUUCCAAAACUCUUCCGCUCCGACCUAUCGGGUUCUAUCUCAUGAUCUUGGACCCUGGGCAGAGGGAUUUCAUGCUUCUUUGUCUUCUCUUGAUUGGCCCAUGAGAGAUAGGGUUGAGGACGUUAUCAAGGAAGCUGCUCCCAAGGAGGGAGGUGCUGUUGGAGCCAACCAUCUGAUCAAGCCGGAGUUGAACCAGCCUUUGGAGUUGGGGUUGAACCUGCUUAGCCAGCCGAAGAGCUAUAAGAAGCUUUGGACGGAGUGGGACCUGCUUCUUAGGGCAGCGAGCUUUAGGCAGAGACAAGAGUUCAGAUCCUAUGGUAUGGAGCUUCUUAGGACAGCAGUGGGGUACUUUGUUGAUAGGAAAUCAAGAAGUCAAAGUGAACCUCCCAUCCUUUCUCCAUAUGUUGGGGAUGUGCUCACAGAACUAAUUACUGAAUCCGCGGGAGACUCAUGGCCAGCUCCUGGAACAAG